CCACCUGCUUGGUUUCAUGUCAACGCAGUCCACGUUGUUCGCCCGCCAAGCAAGCCAGCAGCCAAGUUCUCGCGUCAGCACGACUCACCUCACUUGGGAGCCAAAGCAAGCAGCACUUGGGUUCAUAGUUGGUGUGCGGGUGCAUCUGCGAAUCCGAACCAUGGCACAAGACGAAGCAGCCAUGCUGCAUGAGUUUGAACACCUCAAAGCAGAACGGUACAAGCUCGAGGUACAGGAGUGUGAGGCAGAACUUCGCUCCGUCGAGAGUGGCACGCAUGCGGAAUUGGUCAGCGAGUGGGAAGACAUCAACAAGGAAGAAGCAGAGGAGCUACGAAAGCUUGACGAAUGGCGGGACAAAGCGCUGGCCUCGGCAAAACUGAUACGCUUUACGCUUGAAGAUGAAGCGCAGCGAACCUUUGAGGAGGAGCUGAGGCUUGUGCAGGAAGAGCUGUGCGAAGCGUACAAGCGUGAUCAAGAGAGCACGGUGUUACAGUACCUGUUCGACAAGCAGAAGCCAGAACUGAUGCAAGCCACCGCAGAGACGAAGAAGCUGUUCCCACACUUGUGGGAGCAGAGUUCGCGCAAGCGCCAGGACGCGGGCGGCAAACACAAACACAAACACAAGCACAAGCACGACGCAAGCCAGAAGAAGCAAGCACAGCAAGGCCAGCCCGGGCAGGAGAGGUUACCCGCUGGACAGCAGCAACAACAACAACAGCACGCGGAGACGCCGCGGCAGCGACGAAGACGGCAGCUGCCGCCCAUUGUGCACAUGCUGCACCCAUUUGACAUCCACCAGGACCUCUUCUUGCUGCAGCGCACAUCUUGACGCUGUGUGUGUGUGUGUGUGUGUGUGCAAUUGGCUGCGACAAGUAUUGACGCGUGUGCAGUGGUGCAUCUCUUCGGGUUUUUCCCGCGUACUCGAUGCAAGCGAGCGUG